AUGGUUCAGUCGAAGCUGGCACGACCCAUGUUGGGUCUCCGAACUUUCGCCACCUCUGCGAAGGUCGCCCGAGCCGCUGUCCUCCCUCUGACCGAGUCUCCUUUCGCUCGACCCGAAGUCGUCGACAUCGCCACUUACAAGUACCCCGGCGAGCCCAACUACCCCGGUAUGGGUCCUAAAGCUAUUCCCGAGCAGUGGGAGACCGACGAGCGAACCGUCCACUACAUGAUCCCCAAGACCUUCGUCGACAACCUCAUUGCCCCCAAGAUGGGCUCCACUGGUCUUUACACCCUUGGCUUCGGCUCCGUUUUGUACCUUCUCAGCCGAGAAAUCAUCCCCAUGCACGCCGAGACCGCCUCCUUCGUCUCUUUCAUGAUCGCCGUCACUUACUACAACAUCCUCGUCGGUGACACCAUCCGAGAGACUUUCGAGAAGGAGUACACUGCUGAGUACGACAAGUUCUACGCUUGCAAAGAGCACGACAUCGCCGCGUACACCGAGAUUGUCUCCAAGUACAAGGAUGCCCAGGAGCAGGCCCAGGGUCAGGCUAUCUACAACGAGCAGAAGCUGACCAACUUGUCCCUCAUGCUCGAGACCGAGUACCUCAACCGACAGAACGAGCUUGUUGACUCCGUGACCAAGAAGCUCAACUACCAGGUUGCCGUCCAGAACGCUCUCGAAGAUCAGGAAGCCCAGCAUAUGAUCAACUGGAUCGAAGACAAAGUCAACGAAGAGAUCUCGAACUUGGACCAGGACGAGAUGAUCCGAGUUUGCGUCGCUAACCUCAAGAAGCAGGCUUAA